GCCGCUCCUCCCUCUCACCUUCGCCAAAGACAGCGGCCCUCUCCUCUCUCUCGAUUCCUUCUUCCAGAAAACACACCAAAACCCUCAACUUCUCCUCUUACAAAAAAAAACGAAACCCUAAUCUUAUCCCUCCUCUAGCCAUCGCCGCCGUCACUCUCUCCUCACCCCUUUCUUCUCUCGCUUUUCCUGGUCCACUCUCUGCCUCUCUGAGGCGAGAAUAAAGAACGCAAAGCGAGACUCUUCUUCAUCCCAUAUCCGACGCCGGUCACCCAAAUUCAAAUGAAAACCCAAAAUCAACCAUGAGAUGAAAUCGACCUAGGUAAAUCUCGACAUGCAUGUUCCUUUUCUUUUGAUUUUUUGCUUUAGAUAGGAUUCCGACCUCUCGUCCUUUGUUUGAAUCGAUGGUCUUUGGGUUUGGAAUUUCGGUAUGGAGGAAGAAAUUGAAGGAAGGGUGAAGCCUAGGAGAUUACCCCGUCGACAACGACGGGUCAUAGGCGAUGGAGACGCUAGCAGAGGGUGAGGAUUUUUUGGUCGCCGAGAUAUCUGUCGGCAAAGUUCUGCCGGCGAGGUCAGGAUGGUUGCUCCGGACAAAAUGUGGUGUUUACAAUAGCCAAGCUUGGAUACUUGAUACAGGGGCUGCAGAUCACAUAGUAUGUUCUCUUAGCCACCUGCACAACUAUAGAAGACACACAUGAACUGUCAAAUGUGUUGUAGACCUGGACAUGUAGCUGAGGAGGAUGUCUGGUUCUGCUAAGCUAUUCCAUGACCUUUACCUCAAAGGCAACACCCCAUAGACAACAUAUUUAAACACAUCACAAUUGCUAGCACUCAAGAUUUCGACCUAUGGCAUUUCAAACUAGGACAUGUUUUUCAUUUCAAAGUCCCUCUUUUGAAACAAAUUUGUACAUCCAUAGAGACAUAUAGCUCUUUGCGCCAGGUGAUGUCUGUCAUUUUGCCAAAUGCAAAAGGUUAUCUUUUCUUACUAGUUCUACUAUUACUGCAAACCCCCUCCAAUUAAUACAUGUGGAUAUAUGACUUUACUAGAA